CAGUUAAACUUAAAAGUCGAGCACCCAUCUACUCCGGUGUUCGAUAGUCAGACGAGUUCGGCAUCGCAGUUGAGGGAUGCGAUGGAUGUGACGUUCGAGUCCCGGCGUCUAAAUGAAUCGAUUGGGAUCGACUGGUGGAGCUUUCGCGGAUCCCCAUAGAGCUGAGCCUACCAUGUCAACAGUAUGACACGGUACCUGAUAUCCCAUGGCGUGGGUAUGGCCGCGAGCCUGCACUGUCCCGGAAUGUACUGCGGCCGCGUGAGAUUCGCAGAUUCCGGCAACUUCAGUGAUUGCGGGGCUUGUCCGAGGGGAUUUCGCGUCGAAGCAUCAGUUUGCGAAGAAUGCGUUUCAUCCCCCGAAGUGUAUGACUGGCUGUACCUCGGUUUCAUGGUCCUUGUCAGUGUCUACGCACAGGGCUGGAUCAUAGAUAGAGCGCCCAGAGUGAUUAAGUACCGCGCGCUAGUUCUGCAAGUUUGCUGUCUGCUCGAAAAUCUGUUGGCGGCGGUUCUGUCGUUGCUUUCGGUACCACCAACCGGUUCACUGCUAUUGACGACGUGCCCCGUGAAGAGACUUUCGGACUGGUACACCCUAUUGCACAAUCCAUCGCCGUACUAUAAGCAGACACUACACUGUUCGCAGGAGGCGGUGUAUCCGUUCUAUUCCAUCGUAUUCGUGUUCCUCGGCUAUAGUCUCGUUCUGCUCGUGCUGAUUCGAGGUUUCCUCCUCCCGAGGAUGUUCUCGUCGUUCAGUAUCGAGGCCAUACGGAAGACCAUCUAUCUGACGCUGUAUGCCAUACCGAUAAUAGCGGUGGGACAUGCUAUUUUCGCUGGGCUCUUCUACUACACGUUUUCGUACUUGGUGAUUCUGCUGUCGGUGUUUUCGGUAGCAUGCCACAUGGCGGCGAGACCCAAUCAAACAGCCCGGAAGCUGAUAUCGGACUCCUUGGAGCUCCGUAAUUUAGUCAUCAUCGUCUCACAUUGGUUGAUUCACGGUUUUGGAUUGAUAGCUUCCCUCAUAAAUGACUAUGGUCUAGACUCGUUCUAUAGUCUCUUACUCAUUCCUCUGCCAACGGCAUUUUACGUCUACACAGCGCGUUACACGGAUCCCGAAUUAAAUUAUCGCUAUCUUUAAGGAACCACGUUCCCCAGCUCCUUCGUUCCGUGAAGGGAAGACUCGUUGGAGAACUUUCGUUCUCCAAGUUUCUUAGUCCCUCACCGUUCGC